GAAGACAGUCAGAGAAGAGAAAAUAGGCAACAUAUCAUAGAAUACACGUAUCUUAAUCUCAUCAAACCAAGUGUAAAUUGCCGUUUGCCAUAAAAAAAAAUGCCGAAAACCGUUGGCGAUACAUUAAUUGGUGUCCUUAAUGAUUUGGGAAUGACUAAACUGAAGUGGUUCAGACAUAAACUCUGUGAACGCAAGCAGGAGCCAAAAAUUCGCAGGGGCAAUGUUGAAAAAUUGGACUCAAUAGACUUGGCAGACCUUCUGACCCGUACUUUCACUGAAGACGGGGCUUUGGAUGUGGCUAUAGAGGUAUUGAGGGCAAUUGACUGCCAUGACGGCGCAAAGGAACUGACGGAUUUCAAGAAAGCUCAAGAAUCUUGGGUAAUGUCGGGUGCUGCUAAGGGAAGUGCGCUUGGACCAAAUAACAUGAUCAAAGACAAACACUUUGUGGACCAUCACCGGACAGCCCUGAUUGACAGAGUGAGCCAGGUGGCACCCAUCUUGGAUAGGCUCCUGGAGAGGGGAGUCAUCACCUCAAAUGCCUACAGUGACGUUAGGGCUGAAAAAACCAAACAGAACAGGAUGAGGGAGCUCAUAGAUGUCCCUCUGAAAGCAUCUGGGUCCAAAGGCAAAGAUGUGUUCUUAGAUAUCCUUAUGGAACAGGAGCCAUACCUAAUCAGUGAACUGAAGGGGGAAUAAUGGGGAUAGGGGCCACUUUUAUUUAUUUUUUAGUGCAAGGGACAAACAUUUGGGGAUAAUAAUGCACUCUGUUUUACAGUAUAUUCUUAAAUUUGGGAAAAUUAAUUCUCUCCAAAGUCUGCAAAAAAUGUCAAACAAAUUAUAUUGACCGCUGUUUUUUAAAUUUUCAUGAGCAAAUACUGUGUUGUGAAUUCUAAUCAUCUAGCUGUUUGGAACUCAACAAUAGAAAACAUACAUGUAGUAACAUUGUGUUAUGUAGUCUAUACAAAUGAGUGCGUCUGUGUUUUGGCUACGUUAGUUUCUUAAACAUAAACAAGCAUACGGCCAUUUGAAUGUAAAUGUCUGCUUAACAUAAGAGAUCCAUUGAUAGCCUGGUCUCAGAUCUGUUUGUCUUGUCAAUUAAUUGUCAUUGUCGGCAUGACAAGGAGCGUCAAGGACUGGCAUGAUGGCACAAACAGACUGAUAACCAAGAGUGUAUUUUUUAGUUGCAUUAGAGUUUCCAUUGGACACAUUCAGGUAUGUCCGUCCGUUUUGUUCUGUUUGCUUUUGUUUGCAUCAGUUUCUUCUGUUUGGUUUCGUUUGGUUCCUAGUUAGUGAAUACAUGCUACCAUCCAUAUAUGGCUGUCUAUAGAAGUAGGUGGGACAAUCAUCUAUAAAUGCCGCGUUCACGUGCUGAUCGGAACUAGGAAACUGACAUUUACGACUAGCUAACUGGUUGUAGUUAUUCACAUUCCACAUUCAACCAGUUCGCAAGUUGGAAAUGUCAGUUUCCUAGUUUUGACUAGCAUGUGAAUGUGGCAUUAGCCUGUUUUUAAAUGUUCCAAAGUAUUCUUCCUUUCACAACAUGUUAUUUUAGUUUGCUUGUGUGCCAAUGCUUUGUUUGAACAAAACAAAUUAACAUAGAGUACCACAGUAUGAGUCAUAAUACCCAUAAAACCUAAUGGUCAAACAGGGAAAUGGUUCCAAUUGUUUUUCCACUAUUCACUUUUCCCAUAGGGGAUUUUAGUAGCACUUAAAAUAAGGGGUGUAUUUCAUGUAGGCUUACUCUGGCGUGACGUUUUGAUAACCGUGUAAAUCUCUCUAGGACAAGAUGACUUUAAUCAAUAUAUUCGCCUGUAUUUACCCCCACAAAAUGAAAUGCUAAUUAGCUGCUAAUAUGGCUAUCAUAAAGAACUGCAAAUGCCAUGACGAUAUGAACAAGACUGCUGAAUCGAGGCAAUGGGAAGAAUGUUAGCUGAAUGUAGUAAUGAAUAAAUUGGCAAAAAUUCUUUAAAUGAACAAUUCUGUGAACUGUCUUGUGCAAGUUUUAAAUUGACACAGUACCUGUUAGCAACGGUGUCAGCUAGAUUUGACGUGCAGGAGCUGGCAGGGAUUUGUAGUGUUGCAUGAUGUCUACUUUGAUGCGAAUUAGCAUUUCCAAAACAGAGAGUAUAUAGAGCCAAACAUAGCCGUGGGCAGUAGUGGUCCUGAGGGUGCUCAAGCACCCCCUAGAAAAUAAAUAAUGAUAAUAGUAAGAAAAAUAUACAGUACCAGUCAAAAGUUUGGACACACCUUCUCAUUCAAGGGUUUUUCUUUAUUUUUUACUUUAUUUCUACAUUGCAGAAUAAUAGGAAAGACAUCAAAACUAUGAAAUAACACAUAUGGAAUCAUGUACAGCUUUGCACACUCUUGGCAGUCACCUGGAAUGCAUUUCAAUUAAAAGAUGUGCCUUGUUAAAAGUUAAUUUGUGGAAUUUCUUUCCUUAAUGCGUUUGAGCCAAUCAGUUGUGGUGUGACAAGGGAGGAGUGGUAUACAGAAGAUAUCCCUAUUUAGUAAAAUACCAAGUCCAUAUUAUGGAAAGAACAGCUCAAAUAAGCAAAGAGAAACGACAGUCUAUCAUUACUUUUAAGACAUCAAGUGCUGUCGCAAAAACCAUCAAGCGCUAUGAUGAAACUGGCUAUCAUGAGGACCUCUACAGGAAAGAAGUUACCUCUGCUGCAGAGGAUAAGUUCAUUAGAGUUACCAGCCUCUAGAAAUUGCAGCCCAAAUAAAUGCUUCACAGAAUUCAAGUAACAGACACAUCUCAACAUCAACUGUUCAGAGGAGACUGUGUGAAUCAGGCCUUCAUGGUAGAAUUUCUGCAAAGAAACCACUACUAAAGGACAUCAAUAAGAAGAAGAGACUUGCUUGUGCCAAGAAACACGAGCGAUGGACAUUAGACCAGUGGAAAUUUGUCCUUUGGUUUGAUGAGUCCAAAUUUGAGAUUUUUGGUUACAACCACUGUGUCUUUGUGAGACGCAGAGUAGGUAGACGGAUGAUCUCUGCUUGUGUGGUUCCCACCAUGAAGCAUAGAGGAGGAGGUGUUAUGGUGUGGGGGUGCUUUUCUGGUGACACUGUCGUGAUUUAUUUAGAAUUCAAGCCACACUUAACCACAGGAAGCCAUACCAUCUGGUUUGUGCUUAGUGGGACAAUCAUUUGUUUUUCAACAGGACAAUGACCCAACACACCUCCAGGCUGUGUAAGGGCUAUUUGACCAAGAAGGGGAGUGAUGGAGUGCUGCAUCCAAUGACCUGGCCUCCACAAUCACCCGACCUCAACCCAAUUGUGAUGGUUUGGGAUGAGUUGGACCGCAGAGUGAAGGAAAAGCAGCCAACAAGUGCUCAGCAUAUGUGGGAACUCCUUCAAGACUGUUGGAAAAGCAUUCCAGGUGAAGCUGGUUGAGAGAAUGCCACGAGUAUGCAAAGCUGUCAUCAAGGCAAAGGGUGGCUACUUUGAAGAAUAUAUAAUAUAUUUGAUUUGUUUAACACUUUUUUGGUUACGACAUGAUUCCAUGUGUUAUUUCAGAGUUUGAUGUCUUCACUAUUAUUCUACAAUGUAGAAAAUAGUAAAAAAAGAAUGAGUAGGAGUGUCCAAACUUUUGACUGGUACUGUAUAUAUUUUUGGAAAACAUUUAUUUUUUACAAAAGCAGUUCACUGGGCCUUUACUAAUAUUAGCAGACCGAUAUAGACUUCUGUAGUAUAGGGAAUGACCAAAUAAAUUCAGCAUCUCAGCUUUGGCAGAACAGGUAGUUGUAUAGUUUAGACCGCUCCUGAGUGGCGCAGCACUGCAUCUCAACGCUAGAGGCCAUUACAGACCCUGGUUCAAUUCCAGGCUGUAUCCCAACUGGCUGUGAUUGGGAGUGGUGGUGCAUAAUUGACCCAGUGUCGUCCAGGUUAGGGUUUGGCCUGGGUAGGCCGUCAUUGUAAAUAAGAAUUGGUUCUUAACUGACUUUCCUAGUUAUAUAAAAUACAUCAAUAGUAAGAGUUGUUGCCCUGUCACUUUCUCUGCAAUUGUCAUUCUAAUGGAACAGUUACAUCGAAAGGUGCAAAGUUAUGGGCAAAGACACAAAACAUCCACAUCAAAUUAAAUAUUUUCCUUGAUCAAAUAACAUGGAACCACAACCACUUUUUGUGCAGUUUGCAUUUUCCAUCGUUACGAAUGACUUAAUGUAAAUGUACAUUACUGUAGACUGGCCAUCCAGGUUUGUACCUACAGAUUUUCCAGCCCCGUGAAGAAAAGCAAUGCACAAUACAUUAAUUGAGUACAUUGAGACAUCAAGUGGUUGUGAUGAUGUGGCUCAGUUGGUAGUACAGCACCCCCAACCUCAAACUACUUCCUGUGGCUAUGGGCUGGACAAAUCUUUCUGCCUGCACUGGCGCUGCAGACAGAUAUAUCUGCUAAUAAAGGACUAUUA